AUGGUUGGUUUUUCUAUUGAUCUUCCAUUGCUCAAAACCCUUGUUCUCUGUAAUAUUAUGUUCUCUACUUUGGGUGAUUUCAUGAAACUUGUUUAUGGGUGUCCCAAAUUGGAGGAUUUGAGUACUAUAUAUGUUAUGGGAAAGAGUGGGGGUAGUAUUAAGUCUACAACAUACUUUGAACCCUCAUCCAACUUGAUCAAAGCCACUACCAGCAUUGUUGAGUUUCCACGAUAUUAUUGGCACUUUCCAACUCUAUCUGAGUUGGGGCGUAGCCUUCCCAACAAACAAAUCAAAGGUUUUCGUCUGUUUGAAAACUUAAUUGAACUUCGGAUGUAUUGGUAUUAUCGAGACACUUGUGACUGGAGUGAGAUAGUGAAAAUGCUCUUCAUUUGUCCCAAACUUAAAGUUCUUUACAUUGUAAAGGUGAUGAUUAAACACAAUUUGACGAAAACAACCAAACAUGAUUGGAAAUACCCAGAUCAUGUUCCUGAGAGUGUUAGGUCUCAUCUUACAACAUGUAGCAUUAUAAACUAUGAAGCUGCAGAAGCGGAUUUUCGAUUUGCAAUAUAUAUCUUGAAGAAUGCUAGACUUGUACAGGAUAUGACGAUACACGUUCAUAGUUCCUCAAAUACAAUGCAGAGGGCCCAAUUUGUUGAAAAUUUAUCCUCUUUUCCAAGGACCUCACCCGCGUGUAAGCUUUUAUUGAAAUGA